UUCAAACUGUCAAACAUCUGAAUAUUAUUUUUCGUCGUACAAAUGCAAACGUUUGCAAAGCAUAACAAGGGAAAUCACCAGCAAAUCAAAUAGAAAAUCAUGUUUAAAAAAGUGGCCAACAAAGGAAAAUGUUCACGAAAACGACAGCACAGUUCGUCUGAGUCGGGAUCGGCAAGUGAGCCAGAAUCAUCGGUGGUUCGUGGAAAGAUACAUAAGCAAAAGGCUAAUCCGAAUGUUCAACAGACGAAUGCAAAGUUGAUGCGAAAGCGAAAGCAGGCCAAUUCAUCAUCAUCGUCCGAGAGUGAGAAUGAAACUGAAAAGGUGACGGUAUCGUAUAAAUCAACGCGAACGAGUACAAUCGAUGGGCCAAAGGAUCAGGGUGCGACGGCAACCUUUGAAUUUGACACAGCGAUCGAUCGUGAUGCACAGGCCAUUCAUCAGAAGGCAAUUGAAAUCAACAAAGAACUGGAGGGAAAAGCAGACGAUAAAAUUUACCGCGGUCUGAAUAAUUAUGCACAAUACUACAAGAAAAAGGAUUCCGUAUUGGGUAAUGCCAGCUCCGGAAUGGUUCGGCAAGGACCGAUUCGAGCACCGGCCCAUUUGCGUGCCACCGUUCGAUGGGAUUACCAACCAGAUAUUUGCAAGGACUACAAAGAGACGGGCUUCUGUGGAUUUGGUGACAGUUGUAAAUUUUUACACGAUCGCAGUGACUACAAACACGGCUGGCAAAUGGAGCAGGAUAAUGGCAGUGGAUCACGUGGCUGCGAUUCAGACGAUGGUGACGAUUCAAAAUACGAAAUCCAUUCAGAUGAUGAAGACCUACCGUUUAAGUGUUUCAUUUGUCGAGAGAGCUUCGUCGAUCCCAUUGUUACCAAGUGCAAACAUUACUUCUGCGAAAAGUGCGCGUUGAAUCACUACAAAAAAUCGAGUCGAUGUUUCGUUUGCUCCGUUCAAACAAAUGGCGUAUUCAAUCCAGCGAAAGAACUCAUGGCCAAGCUGAAGGCAGACCAAGAAGAGGCAGAAAUUCACAGCCAUUCAGAUAGUGAUUAGUUCAAGUCUAGCGUUUUCCAAGGUGUAAUUUAGUGCAUUUUUACUUGGAAUAUUCAAUGGUUUUGCCAGAUAAAUUGAGUUCAACUGAAGGAACGACUUUUUUCAGCUUGUAUUUCAUACUCGACACAAAAAAUUUAAUCGAUGUUCAUGUAUUGUAAGAAGAAGAAAAAAGGAAUAAAAACUAAAAGAAAAAUGUUUGAAAGAAAAAGAGAAAAA